AUGGCGGCCGGUGGCAUCAAAGCGGCAGGGACCCGCACCGCCAGCGCUAGCAGCGCCAUCAUCGUGGCCGACGGGAGCAGGCCUAGGAGCAGCAGGCCCAGGAGCAGCCGCAGCAGUAGCAGCAACAGCCAUCGCCGUCGCAGCGACCUCGGUCGUCCCUCGCGGCGUCUGCGAAACCUGCUCGCCAGUGACAACGAGGACGACAAUGCCCACGACGACAGCUCCGGCAGCCGCUACCAGGCCCGGCUCCGCCUGCUCCGUUACCGCCUGCGGCCAGAUCAGCGUUCCUCGACGUCACCCGAUGAUCCCCCGACAUGUCGCACCAAGAGCAACGCCCCCAAGCCUUCACCGGUUCGCGCGCCGUCCAUGGCGAUGACGACGGCUGAUUUCGAGGCCCUUCCGCCCACCGUUCAACGAAAGUAUUUCUCUACCCUCGAGCGCCUGCGCAUCAACCUCAACUCCCUGUCUCCGUGCGAGACUCAUACAAGACGACGACGCUUCGACCACCUGGCCACCCCCGAUUUUCACAUUGCUCCGUCUUCCCUCGCCGCCGCUUCGCCCAGGCCUCGCCGCCGUCACAGCCACGAGCAACUGUCCCUUGGCCGGCGCCGUCAGAGCGUCAUCCUCGAUGCAACUGACGAGGCAUACCUGAGGAUUGGCAAACGAUAUCCCAAAGCCCAAGCCCACGGCUGCCAGCUGCAACGCGCGACUUCUCCUCAGCCAGCAGCCACGAUGCAGGCGGCCGCAGCCAACCAGCCCAUCGGGGCCACCCGCCUUGACAAUACUGCCGAGUCUCUCUACGAAUGCUUCCGAUGGCUCGAAGAGGAUGACACGCUGGAUCUGCGCCUCUUCCUCGACGACUACCACUUCAAUCUGCGAGAAGAAGUCCUCGUCCCCAACAAACCCCAGGGCCAACGCCCCUCUUUCCGCCGUCACCUAUCCAUCUCCAAGCUGCCCUUUGGCGGUCGAGUGUCAGGCACCUUUAGCCGCCCAGAAACCAAAGACGACGUGGCUCCCGUGUCCCCAAAUAGCCCUGUCCUCGCAACCCCGGGCCAUGCCCGUAGACGGUCGCGAGCCCUGUCUCUGAUAUCUCCCAACAAGCAGUCCCUGCCAGACAUGUCAGCAGUCAUGGAUCCCGCAGCCUCUCACUACCAGGAUCCCGAGGCCCGGAUGAAGCUUAGGGUCUACUUGGCCUCGCCUCACAAGUUUGAUGAGGCAAUCGAGUUUGGCUUUCCCUCCAUCGAUGCGGUGCAGAACCAGGAGAACAUCAGCCACAGGAGAUUCGGUUCUCAGGAAUCUCCGAAACUACAAACCUUCCUUGAAGACGAUGCGUCAUCCAUGUACAGCGACGCAUCAGCUGCGGACCCCGAGUCGCCGAGGACGCCAGAGACGGGUGAGCACGCGCGUGGGAGCCAUGACAAGGGCCCCGGGCCCAAGGUCGACUAUGCGCAAGCCCCCGCGUCCUCGCGCGAGAUGACGCUACGAAUGACGCUGACGCGCCCCGACCUGCGCUCCCACGAAGGCCAAAUGUACAACUGGCAAAAGGGCUCGGUGGACUGGCGGUCGCAAGCCCGGGACGAACCGCUUUCGCCGCUGUUGCUCGACCCCAAGGAGAGCAUCGAGCGGCAGUUGGCGGCCAUUGACCAGGAAGAGCUUGCCAACGAUAAUGGCGUCGUUAGACGCUUCUGGAACCGGGUUCGGCGCACAUGA